GCAUACUUGUUUAUUCAGUUGUCAAAACAAGCAAUUAGAAUCGCGAUUAAAUUUUGUCGAUUUACGAGCAGAAGAAAAAUUUUAUUUGCCAAAUCGUUCAGUUCUUAUGUUUUUGCGCUAAUCCAAAUUAUUUGCAGCAGUCAUUGUUCACAAAAUUUGCAUCUCAACCAGUUCGACCAAUCCGAAUCGUGAACGGAACACCGCUCUCCGAAGCAGGAUGAAGAUCCACUUUCGCGAGCAGUAUGGUUCAACUGGGGAGGAAAUUCUCUACGUAACACCAGACAAUCAAAAUUCGGUUGUCCGGGUGAAUGUGAAGGGGGAGAAACCAAAACUUCGAAAGCGAUUGAGCUUGAAACGAUUUUUGCAGAAUCUGUUCCUACCCGCAGGCUAUCCAGACAGUGUAAGCAGUGAUUAUUUGGCUUACCAGCGAUGGGACACCGUACAAGCCUUCUGCAGUACAAUUAGUGGGACCUUGACUACACACUCCAUUCUAAAAGGGGUUGGCGUUGGAAGUGAUAUGGCAAAUCCGUUGUCCGCCACCGUUACUUGGGUGCUGAAAGAUGGUACGGGACAUUUUGGUCGAAUUCUAUUUGCCUGGUGGAAGGGAACGGAGUUGGACAUAGAUUCGAAAAAAUGGCGCAUACGGGCCGAUAUUCUUAACGAUGUGGCCAUGGCUAUUGAUCUGUUCGUGUUACCGUGCUAUCCGAAAGCAGCUACCUUUAUACUGUGUGCAACAACUACGAUGAAAGCCAUUGUCGGUGUGGCUGGUGUAGCUACACGCUCGGCUUUAACCCAACACCACGCCAUUCGGGGUAAUUUGGCUGAUGUGGCGUCUAAGGACAGUGCGCAGGAGACCUGUGUAAAUUUGAUCGCAUCGUUUUUAGGGUUGUUCCUGUUGACCCACGUGCAGGAACAGAGGGUUCUCUAUGGUCUGUUCCUGUUCUCAAUUCUGUUGCACAUAUAUGCAAAUAUUAAAGCAGUUAAAGCCGUCUGUCUUCGCACUUUCAAUGAAGCUCGCUAUUUAAUCACAUUGGAGGAAUACUUCAAGACUGGAACGAUGCUUUCUCCGGAGCAGGUGAAUAAGCUGGAACGGGUUACAAUCGGCCAAACGGUUUCGCUCACGGCUCGAGUAGAAAUAGGCUGCUCUGCUCGUGAAUUAGCGCAGUAUUAUCGCAAUUGUUACGACUUGGAGAACGUAAUUGCGUGUUUUGACUCGCGGGAAAAGUUUCUCAUUUCCGAAACGCGUCGCUACGUUGGAGUGUAUUUGCACUUUACUGUCAAACCGUUGGACAUUAUCAAAUCAUACUUUUACGUGGCAUCGUAUCUACAGGACAAGAAUCAAUUACGCGAUCGCUACUGGGAGAUUCAGAACAAGUGGAACGAGUUCCUCAAUCUAGCUCAGUGUGAGGGUUGGAACGUUCAAGCGCAUCUGUUAAAAACCGACGAGUACCGUUUGGAUUGGAGGAUAUAAAAGAUACGUUUAAACACGGCCAGGAAGCGUCGUGGCUACUCAGUGAGAGAGAUUUUAAUUUAAACCAACCGUAGCAGUAGAACACAACCAGAAGGAACAGUGAGCAAUUAAUACAUUUCAAAACCUUCCGUCUUGUAACUGACACGCGAGCGACUUUUAGGGUGCCAAACAAGCAAUCUAGUCUCAAUUAUCGUAAUUAAGAAACGCACUGCAAGCAUGUUGGACCAAAUUACCGAAAGAAGUUCAAAUUAAAGAAGCAUUGAAUACGAGACAUCGAAAAAUAAUAUAAGAGCACAGCGUUCCCCAGCGUCACUCUAAAUCUAACAAAUUUUAGGAAAUAUCCUAUUGAAACGAAUAGCGUUAAUAGUGCUAUACAACUAAGCGAAACUGAAGAAUACCGCAGAAAAUAUUUUUCUAAACAUUCCAAUUAGUGAGUGCUUCGGCCCGAUGGCGGGCCAAAAUUGCGACGUAGUGUAUAAGAAUAGGUCGAGUUUAACCAAAGGUUUACCAAGUCACCCGUAAAUUUGUUUGCGAUAGAAUCGACAGCAGCUAAGAACCCGAAUUUUACUACUUUCGCUUCAACAUUACAAAUCAGAAUCCUAGCGAGACCGUGUCGCGCAGGUUUAAGCCAAACUCACAUCUUUCCGAUCCGAUUCAGUGACGGUUCAGUACCAUGGAAGGACACUAAUAUUCUUUCAUGCAAUUCAAAUGUGAGCAUUUAUAUACACUUGUCCGGCACGGUACUGUACUGAACCGUCACUGAAUCGGAUCGGAUAGGUGUAAAUAGUGCUUUAAUUAUUAGUCAUAUCAUCACAACGACUCCUUCCAAUAACGGUUGAAAACGCGUAGCAUUUGAGCCAGCGAAAUGGUGAUCAGUUGCUGGUAGUUUUAACAUAGCUUCUCAGUCCACUCCUAAAACACAUCAAUUUGUAGUGAUUUACGUAUCAAAAACGAAUAUCAAUUUCAGAAAGUAGAAGUUAGAAUAGAAUUGCUUUUAAACAAACGAAAAAUUACGCUCGAUGCGAUUUUAUGCUUGGUUUUGUACCUCGCAUGCGUUUUAUACUCCCUUGAGUCGCUUAUAAAAUUUUAAUACUGCUA